CCGCGCACAAUGGCGACUCCCAGCCCCAGCGGCGGCUCCGGGGGGAGCGGGAGCGGGCCCGGGCCGGGCGCCGCCAGCAGCAGCAGCAUGCAGGGUAAACGCAAAGCGCUGAAGUUAAAUUUUGCAAAUCCACCUUUCAAGUCCACAGCAAGAUUUACUCUAAAUACUUCUGGAGUUCCUUUCCAAAAUCCACACAUAGAGAGACUGAGAACACACAGCAUUGAAUCAUCAGGAAAAUUGAAGAUUUCCCCUGAGCAACAUUGGGAUUUUACAGCAGAGGACUUGAAAGACCUUGGAGAAAUUGGACGAGGCGCUUAUGGUUCUGUCAACAAAAUGGUCCACAAACCAAGUGGGCAAAUUAUGGCAGUUAAAAGAAUUCGGUCGACAGUGGAUGAAAAGGAGCAGAAGCAGCUUCUGAUGGACCUUGAUGUAGUGAUGCGAAGCAGUGACUGCCCGUAUAUUGUUCAGUUUUAUGGCGCGCUCUUCAGAGAGGGUGACUGUUGGAUCUGUAUGGAGCUCAUGUCUACCUCGUUUGAUAAGUUUUACAAAUAUGUAUAUAGUGUAUUAGAUGAUGUUAUUCCAGAAGAAAUCUUAGGCAAAAUCACUUUAGCUACUGUGAAAGCACUAAACCACUUAAAAGAAAACUUGAAAAUCAUUCACAGAGACAUCAAACCUUCCAAUAUUCUUCUGGACAGAAAUGGAAAUAUUAAACUCUGUGACUUUGGCAUUAGUGGACAGCUCGUGGACUCCAUUGCCAAAACACGGGAUGCAGGGUGCCGGCCGUACAUGGCGCCGGAAAGGAUAGAUCCCAGCGCGUCCAGGCAAGGCUACGACGUGCGCUCGGACGUCUGGAGCUUGGGGAUUACAUUGUACGAGCUGGCCACGGGGCGAUUCCCCUACCCCAAGUGGAACAGUGUGUUUGACCAGUUGACACAAGUAGUGAAAGGAGACCCACCACAGCUGAGUAACUCAGAGGAAAGGGAAUUUUCCCCAAGUUUCAUCAAUUUCGUCAACUUGUGCCUUACAAAGGACGAGUCCAAAAGGCCAAAGUACAAAGAGCUUCUGAAACAUCCCUUCAUCCUGAUGUAUGAGGAACGCACAGUGGAUGUUGCAUGCUAUGUUUGUAAAAUCCUGGAUCAAAUGCCAGCAACUCCCAGCUCUCCAAUGUACGUGGAUUGAUACUGCUGCUACAUCAAACUCUAGAAAAAGGGCUGAGAGAAAACAAGCUGUAAAGAAUUUUCAUCACAUAUUGCAGUGUUUUUAAUGCUCGCCCAGACACCAUGUGCAAUAAUAUUGGUGUUAUUUCCAUCCUGUCUGUAUACUGUUGUCACAUAUAAAGUGCAUCCCUGUAAUACCUGAUCACACAGUGUUAGUGUUGGUCACAGAGAGACCUCAUCUUGCUCUUUUGUGGACAUAUUCAUGAAAUGUGGAAAUAAGUACAUUUAUUUGUUGACUGUGAUUGGAUAGCACCUAAAAUUCAUUUCUAGACUCAAAACUUGGAGACUUCUCAGCAGCUACUGGAAAGAUUUUUCUCUCAAACUCUUCCGAUUGUUGUUUCAAGUAAUAAUAAAAAGCAAACAAACAAAAGUUAGGCGUUGUCUGUCUGAACAUUAAGAGACUUUGCCUGGAGGGAGAAGAACUUGCUUAACCAACGAGAUGCUUUGCCUUCUGGAGCUGGAAAGGCAAAGGAGAAUUUUAUUCUUCACAAAGUGCAAUAGAUUUACUGCUAUGAAAUUCUGUUGCUUUACAGUCGCAGUGUACUUUCUGGGGACAGUGUGUUCAGCUGAACUUCCUGUUAAAGAGAGAUCAUGUUAAAUAUAGUGAAUAUGUCUUUACCAAAAAUAUGUUGCGUUGAAAGAGGCUAACAUUAAACUAUUGAGAUGGGACAUAAUGUAUUCUUCCUCCUUUUACCAAGCCAGCCACUCUUCACUCUUAACUAGGUGUCCUGUAAAUUGUUACCUGGUAAGAUAAGACCUUUGACCUGAAGAAUUAUUAAACUACUUGAUUGAAUUUAA